AUGGCUUCCCCACCAAAUGGCUCGGACCAGGAUCGCCGCCCUGCUGCGUGCACUCGUUCGCGCACUGGUCUGGAGAACAUGCUUCCGACCAGCUUCGGAAAGAGGGACAGGUCGAAGUCGCGCACGCGACCUGGUCCCGCUCCGCAUAUGAGCCGGUCCAUAUCGUCGGCCAUGACAGACAGCUUCGUGCUGGAUCACCGGGGCUCAUACCGUCCAUCACUCCAUGACAAUGACAAACAUGCUGCGAGCGCUUCGGAUCCUCGGAAGACCGAAGAGGAAGAGGGCCUCAUGCCGAUUUCGAAUUGGGCGCAUCUCAAUUUUCUCAAGAAUCAGCGCAACACGCUCCGCAACGAACUCAAGGUCCAAGCUCUUGCAGGUGCUGAGGCCAAACGUUCUGUCAGUUCGCUUCGCAGACUUGCCUUCCGCAUGGCCGUAAACAUCUCGGUCAAGGAGAGGCAGAUUGCAACCAGCGCAAAGAACUUGUCACAGAGUAGAACAGGGAAUGAUCUUCAAAGCAAAGAGGCCGAGACAAGGAUUGAGAGCCUGAAGCGGGCUUUGCGUGUGGAAGAAAAAAGAAAUGUCGAGGUUCUUGAGGCUUUGGAACACUCGACCCCAAAGCCCAAAUCACAGCAUCGUCUGCAACGCAGUCUCCUGUCUCCACCUCCUUCUCCACCCACGCAACUGUCUGAUUAUUCAGAAUCUUCCCUCGGCUCACCUAGAACUCCCACACGACCCACCACUUUUGAUCGGAGCCUCACACCUGGCUUAGAGUCACCCACUGAAAUUCGUACUUCAGACAGUCGCUUGAUACAAGCAAAGCGGGAUUGCGACCGUGCGUUGGCGGCAUGUCGGAGCCGCAUAACGGAGCUCCAGGAGGAGUGUGCACAGAGCAGAGAAAUCAACGAAUCUAUCUUGGCAUCUCGUGAUGAACUUGAGCACGAGAUCAAGGACCAUCAGUCACGCAUUGCGACUCUGGAGCGUUCAAGGGCUGCCAUGGAGGCAACGCUUGUAGCUACAAAGCAACAAUUGCUCUCAGUGAAAGAGACUGAAGAUCGACUGACGCAAGAUCUGAAUAACAAAGCCCAAGAAAUCCGCAAUCUCGAGCACAGUGACAAAGAUAAGCAGCAGACUAUCGAUAUCCUGCGAGAAGAGAAGCUCGCCUUGGAAAAGAUGCUUCAGAUUCGUGCUUCAGAGUUUCAAGAGCUUGAACAUCGUACAUCCAGUUUGGAUGCAGACACACGACUAUUACAGAGUAAGCUUGAGUCUGCUGAGCGCCAGGAAGCUUCACUUCAGGAUCGCUUCAACGAGAAAGAGCGUGCGCGGGAAGACUUGCAGAAGCGACUGGACCGAGGUACACGAUACAUCCAACUUCUCGAGCAUAAAGUACGACAUUUAGAGUCGGAUGCUGUGGAGAACUCCAAGUUGAAGACGCAACUGCAGGAAUCCAAAGAAGCCACCGACAACGCCAAGGCUGCUCUGGCCACACUUGCAUCUGAAGUGGUAACCUUACGACGCAAUCUCGAAACCGAAACGAAUGCUCACAAGCAAUUGAGUACUGAGGUGGAGACGAAUCGUGCAACCAUCUCACAGCUGAAGGACGAGCAUGCUAUCGCGCAAAGUACACUCGAGCAAGAGAGAGCCCUGCAAAGCGCACUUCGAACUGAGCUCGAAUCGACGCGUUCUCUAUACGAAUUAGCUUGCAACAACUUACAAGCUGCCGAGACACGCGUCCAAUCUUUGGAAAACCUGGAUCACGACAACCGUGAAAAACUCGAGGCUCUGCGUGAUGGCAAGACUUCUCUCGAGGCGGAUCUAAGGGAAGCACGAGAGUCACUCUUGAUCUUACAACAAGACAAAAAGGAUGGUGAAGCUGAGCUAAGUCGAAUGGAAAAAUCGAGAGCAGAGCUACGUGACAGAUUACAGACAUUGGAAGGACAAGUUGUAUCGCUUCAGCAGGAGCUUGAAGAUGCGCACAUUGCUGAAACAGCGAUGAAGGAGGCACACGCGAUGGACCUACAGAAGAACAGGACACAACUCACUGAGUUCGAGACCUCACUGCGUGUCUUGAAAGGGAUGCUGGCUUCUGCCGACCAGGCCAAACUGGACUUGCAAGAGGAGGUACAUCAUAUUCAAUCUUCCAAGGAAUCCACAGAACUUCAGUUGAUUGACGCGCUCCAAUCCAGGGAAAGUUAUCGGUUGAGAUGCGACAGUAUCGAAGAUCAGCUCAAGUCUAUCGAAAGUGAACGCACUAUGCUGGUGACGCGGGUAUCCCAACUCGAGAAUGACUUGGCCAACAGCUCUGUAGCUAAGAAUGCUCUAGAAGAGCGCCUAGAUGACGCAUCGGCGCGUCGUAAGGAGCUUGAGUCUCUCGUCUCAGAGCUGCAAUCGUCUCUCGAGGCUGCUCAUGAUGUGUCUUCCACACUUGAGGCAGCCUAUUCCUCGGCGCAAAGGGAUAGCGAAUCUUCUAGGGCACAGGUUGCAAACCUCCAUGAGCAACUGGAUGAGAUCAAAUUGUCUCGAGAGGAGGCAGAAGCAAGAUAUCAAGCCUCGAACAACUCCAACAAACUUCUCGAGGAUCAGCUUCUCGUCGCUAAAUCAAAGCUGGCAGAAGUGGAGAGCGAUUCAAACAGCAUCCUCACUGAGCUGUCAGCUGUCCGAAAUGAGCUGAGCCAGUACGAAAAGCAAAAUGCGGUCUUGACUACAAGCCUCGAAGCGCUGCAGAUGCAAUCUAAGGAUCAACAGGAAGAGCUGGCCGUCGCCAAAUCGCGUUGGGAAGCUGCAGAGCAAAGGGCGGAGACUCUCCAACUGAAGCUAUCGAUGGCAGAGGAGGAGAUUGACAUGACACGUCGAGAGAAGCUCAAGACAGAGGGAUAUCUCGAAGAAGCAAUUGAAUCCAACAAGGACCUUGAUAACAGUCUCCGUACUGCCAGACAGGAAAGGGCGAAUGCUGAGGAACGUCUUACAGCUGCACUUGGCUUGAGUUUGCAGGCCACGUCUGAGCUUGCAUCAACCCAAUCGAAAUUGUUCAACGCUGAUUCAGAAAGAGCUCACCUAGUCUCCACGUUGAAUGAGAAGGAAGUCGAACUCGAAGCUCUUCUCCAGUCCCGCGCAAAGAUACAGAGCCAGCUGAACGAGUCUGUGGCCCGGGUGACAACGCUGGAAGAAGAUCUACUGUCCACACGUACACAACUAUUGGAUAUUGAGUCUGAGAAUAGCUCUCAUGUUGCCGAGCUUUCUGCAAACGAAGAGAUGUUUGCCAGAUUGCGAAAGCAGGAGACCGACCUGAAAAAGCAGUUGGCGCAAGCUGUAGCCCAUAGUGCGAGUCUUGAAGAAGAUGCUGCACAUGCUCACAAGCGCGUCCUGGAGCUGGAACAGAGAACAGCAGAAUACUUGGCUCAACUCUCAUCGAGUAGUGCCGACACUGAAAUCUUACGCGCCGCUUACGCUCAGUCUGAAAAUCAUCUAAAGACAGUAACAGUGGACAAGGAUGAUCUGGAAAAAAAAUUGCGCGCUACAGCCAUGCGACUCGACAUUGCGGAAGUUGAAGGUCUCCGUAGUGCUACUGAAUUGCUCGAAGCUGAUCAUGUCCUUAAGAUACUUCGUGAAUCCAACGCGAAGCUGGAACAGUCAGAACAACAUCUAUCUGCACGCCUAGCAUCAGCCGAAAACGAUCUUCACACUGUUCGCGAAACGAACUCCCGUCUGGAGUCUAUUCUUGAGCGCGUAACAAAGGACAUGGAUCAGGCCGAAGCUACGGUCAAGGAGAGUAGUAGGCAGUUCGAAGAGUAUCUCACAGAGUCCCAGACAAAACUAGCCGAGUCCCAUGCAAAGCUAGACGCUGCGAGAAGCGCAAAGUUGAAAUUGAGAGAUCGUCUCUCUGAGAAGGCGAUUGAGAUGGAGGCGGUGACUGCCGAAAACCGGAGCUUACAUAAACAGGUUGAUGAACAGACAGUGGAGUUGGGCGAUCUCAAAAAAGGAAAAGCCAAGCUAGAAGAGGCUUUGUCUCUCAAAGAGAGCUACAUGAACGAGUUGCGAUCUUCAAGCGACAAGAGGAUACGAUCUUUGAAUGCUGCCUACAAUGGGUUGAAAAAGGAGCACGAGGAGCGCGCACAUCAAACACGGCCUACUGUUGCAAGGAACAGUACAAGCCGACUCGAAGCCGAAUUGCGAUCAAAAGACGCGGAAAUCGAGAAGAUGCAAACCUCGAAAGACUCGUACGCCGCUUUAAAACGAGAGGUCGAAUCACUGCGAGAAGACAAGAAGGCGUUCCAGAGGCUUGUGGAACAACUCCAGGAGAAAGUUGAGCAGCUUCAAGUUUUAGAAGAAUGGGUGGACCCUAUUCACAUCGGUAGUCCAAAUAGCUCGCGUCACAUCACCAUCUUGGAUGAUACAUUCUACUCGUUGCCAUCGAGUCCUUCGACAGGGCAUACGAAGAGUCCUCGACCUGAGAGCAUCUUCUCUAUGGGACACCAAGGAGAUAGGCCACCAACACGCGCAAGCCAGCAUUCUCACGACGAAGAUCUCGACGGUUGGGCUCAAGAAGUCGAGCACGUACGUAUGUUGAGAAAUGAGACUGCAAUACAGCUCCGCGACCUGAGAAGAUCAAAACAUGACCUCAAGAAAGAUCUCAAGCACACAGAAGCUGAGCUCCACCGGCUAGAAAAGGAGCACAAGGACAAACGCUAUAGAAACCUUCUCAAAAAAGGUCACCGUCCUACAACACCAUUCCGCUCACCAGCCCUACCAUCGGAACCGUUCGACGACCACACCUCCCACGUUCCGCCAACAACACCAAUCCGCCCGCGCACCUCCUCUGGCAUUCCCAUCACAGCCAAAUCAGACUUCAGGCCCGGCCACAAAUCCCGACACAGCACAAUGGACAUGCCACAAGACAUGUUUGCAUCAUCGCCCGACUCUGAGCAUAGACGUUGGCCCACGACGCUCAGAAAUCCACACGCAACAAGUCAGCGCCCCGGCACGGGUCAUAGCUUGAGACAGAGGCUUAGUCACCGGCAGACGACGAGUGUAAAAGAAGAGGAGCAUGGAGGGAAAAGGAGGUGGAGUUCUGGUAAGGGGAGUUAA